AUGUUUGAGUCUAGAAAAAGAGCACUGAUAUUAGCCACAGCACAAGCAACGUUUGGUCGGUUUUCUCUGAUUUCCACACAGGGCUACUGCCGAGUGCCACGUCCGGGCCAACGUGGAAUCCACGACGUCAUCAGUUUGAAUCAACUUUAUCAACACACAGCAACAUCAAUUGAUGUUCUCUCUACUGAGUACAUAGUGUUGCUCACUCCCAGUGUGAUUGGAAGUUUUUCUGUCCUGGUGGUUUCACUAGUGAGAUGGAGGCAUCUAAAGGAACAGGUGCACCUCCUGGUGCAGCUCGCCCUGGCAGACCUCCUAGCUGCUCUGAUCCUGAUGUCCACCAGUGUCAUGAACAAAUUUCGCACUGACAACAGUGUAGCCAUCUGCCAAUACAGCCUGCCGUUGUCACUGACAUUUUAUUUUAUUUCAUUUCUGCUGGUGGUGGUUUAUGCAUGGAAGUCAAAAAGUGCCAUCCAAGGGUGGAGAGCAAGACCCACAGAGGAUGAGGGUGGACAGAGUCUGUGUAGGAAGAAAAUAGUUGCUAUACCAGUAUAUGCUAUUGUGUGGUUGGUCCCCAUUGCAAUGUACUUGGCAUAUGUGCUCAUUCCAUUCAUAAAAACUACUUUGCUGAUUCCAGUCGUUGACAGAUCAUGGAACGUGAUCGCCCGUAAUGACAGCAAAUACUGCAACAGUUGUAUUUUGUUCUUGCAUGUCUGGAGGGAUUCCUGCUCUGAUACGGAGAUAUUCCAUGACAUUUUCAUCAGAGUUUUUCUUUUCCUGGUUGUGAUCCCAGUGCUUUGGUCUUGCUCUGUCAUUUACUAUAAGGUUGGUAAAUGGUAUGAAAGACAUGCGCACGAGGGGCUUUUUCCUGUGGAAGGAGAUGGACGUUCAAGAAGGCGAUUCAAAAGAGUGUUUUCUACAGCAAGAAAUAUGGUGAUGGUCAUCUUAUUCUGCUGGACACCAGCUCUUGCACUCAUUCUGCUGUCUACCCUGAUGAUCUGGACAAAUGUUGAACAACGCAGCCUAUUUUGGUUGUAUGUGAUACAGGCUGCGACUCUGUCCCUGCAAGGCUUCCUGAACAGUAUGGUUUACGCCUGGAGACGGCCCAACUUCACGGAGGCCGUUCUUGGGGAGAAUACACCCCUGAUAGCACAUGACCGCCUGGCCUUCUUUGAUGAAUCACUGAAGAGCUCCUUUUGAGCGUUGACUGUAAACGCACUGAGAGACAUUGUCAUGCUGUGGCACAACAUACAGUACUGAGGAAGACUGACUGCAUGCCUGCACACUUCAUGACUGCAUGACAGUUUAGACUGAAACACAAAACAUUCUCAUUUGUGGACUGAAGAUGAAAAGGAUGAAGGAAACACAAAGACUAUUUAAACAAGUAUUGACUGAUGCCAUGUUGAUGAAUGGGGUCAAAGGGUCUUCUGUAGUAAUUGUAGAAUUGUUUUAUAUUUAUGUGCUAUUAAUGUACUGUUUUGUAAUGUAAUGUUUUAUUGAGAUUUAAAAUAUGUCACAGAGAA